AUGAACUGGACGCUUCUAUUUUUCAUAUUCCUUGCUCCAGCAUGGGCUCGGAGAAGCCUUUCGGCGACCUCGCUCGUCACAUGUAUGGAAAACUCCCAGAUCACUCCAUCCUACUUUAAGGUGUCUUUUGAUGCCGAUAAUCGGGCGCUUAGAUAUAACUUGGACUUGAACACGGAUAUCUCGGGCAAGGUUACAGCCCACGUCCAGGUGUUUGCUUACGGUUUCGUGGUUAUUGAAAGGGAUAUUGACAUGUGUGACAUCGGCUGGAAGCAGUUUUGCCCCAUGUAUCCCGGUUCGAUGCAGAUUGAGUCUGUGGAGUACAUCAACAAAGAUGACGUUAACAUGAUCCCUGGUAUCGCCUACACGGUCCCCGACAUCGACGCGGUGGUCAAGGUCAUCGUGAUUAACCAGGACACCGGCGAGACCGUGUCUUGUUUGCAGAGUUCCUUCACUAACGGUAAGACUGUUUCUCAGGUGGGUAUCAAAUGGGCCACCGCAGUUAUUGCCGGCUUGGGCUUGCUCAUUGCCGCCGUCAUGUCUACUUUUGGUAACUCGAACGCUUCUGCCCAUAUAUCCACCAACGCUGUUUCGUUGUUCAUGUACUUCCAGUCUGUUGUUGUGGUUUCGAUGCAGCAUGUCCAGAGAGUUCCACCUAUCGCCUCGGCCUGGGCCGAGAACUUGGCAUGGUCUAUGGGCUUGAUCCGUACUGAGUUCAUGCAGAAAAUCUUCAGAUGGUACGUCCAGGCCACCGGUGGUAGCCCCACGGUGUACUUCAAGAAUGUGGACAAGCAGAUUUUGGUUCAGAGAGCUCAAGAGUUUGCUUCCAAAAAGACCGAACACGAUCUUGACGUUAGAGAUCUCGACUUUGCUUUGAACUCCAACAGAAACUUGCGUGUUCUUCGUGGUAUCAAGAGAAUCGGCUACAACUCACACAUCGAGCCCACGUCGAUUGUGGUCACCGGUUUCACGUUCUUUGUGCUUUGCGGCUUCCUUUUGGUUGCUGUGUUGGUAUUCUUGAGAUCCGGUGCCGUUCUUUUGAUUCGUAUGAAAGCCAUGAACCCCAAUAGAUUUUCUCAUUUGAGAAAAAAUUUCUCCACGAUUUUGAAGGGCUCUUUGUUGAGAUAUUUGUGGAUUGGUUUCCCGCAAUUGGUGAUUUUGUCUCUUUGGGAAUUCACCGUCCAAGAUUCCCCUGCUGUUAUCGUUAUUGCUGUGCUCUUUCUCAUUACAGCUAUCGGCAUUAUUUGUUUCUCGCUUUACCAGACCUGGAGAUACGGAAAACUUUCAAUCCAAAGACACUCCAACCCCGCCGCUGUCUUGUAUGGUGACAGCAAGAUCCUCCACAAGUACGGCUUCUGCUACACGAUGUUCCGUGCCCAGAAAUACUGGUUUGGUACCGUUAUCAUAGGAUACACCCUCAUCAAGGGUAUUUUCAUUGGUUUAUGUCAGGGUUCUGGUAAGGCAUCCACCCUCGUGCUUUUCAUCCUCGACUUGGCAUUUACCAUCUUUUUGUUCAUCCAAAAACCUUUCUUGGACAAGAGUUCUAACAUCGUCAGUUACUGUGUGGCUGUGGUGACUACAGUGAACUCAUUCUUGUUCCUUUUCUUCUCUGAGCUCUUUGGCCAGCCUGCCCAGGUCUCCUCCAUCAUGGGCUGGAUUUUCUUUAUCAUGAAUGCUGCGUUUUCGUUGCUCUUGUUGAUCAUGAUUCUCGUUUUGAUCUGCUUCGCCAUGUUGUCAAGAAACCCAGACUCCAGAUUCGCCCCAGCCAAGGACGACAGAACCUCAUUCUUAAGACAGUCCUCGGUCAAGAGAUCUUCGAGAAACUUGCGUGGUGAAGACAAGGCUGCUAACGAAUUGUUCGCGUUGGGUGCUGCUGCUCAAGACCAUUCAGACGAUUGGGAGAAUGAGAUGCACAGAUUGAAUGAAGUUGAAACGAGCUCCAUCUCUUCCCGCAGCCACUCUCGUGACGAAAAGUUUGCAUCUGUCAAUGAAAUCUCCAGCCCUGCUGUUGAGGUUGAAGGCGAUGACGAUGAACCUAAAAAGACUGCCGUUGGCAAAUUCAAGGACAAGAUCACCAGAAAGUUGUCCACCAAAAAAAAUGACCGCAACAUGCGUUUGAGCGACACGAUGAAGGAGGAGGAGGACGCACACAUCAACCUGGACUCCCUUACUAACAUCAAUCAGCAUGCUCGUGCCGGGUCCGAAAGUGGAUUCUCCCAGUACUCGACCAACCGCCCUACGCAAGGCAAGGAUAUUUUGUAA